CCUUUUGCCUUAGGCCAUAUUCAGUUCGUGGCUGCAAGAAAGCGAGGCGAAGUUGAGGCCGGGGUUCUUUAGUUUAGGCAUCCAACAUUGGAAAGGGAUUUGUUUGGCUUGUCUGCCUUGGAGUAGCUGCCUUAAAGAGCGGUGGUGCUGCAUUACCCUGAUGCUGGUGCAGCUGGUGCUGGUGCUACUGCUGCUACUGCUGCAUGGUUUCGGAGAGAUAUUAUCUGGGUGUUGUUGGCAAGGUAUGGAUGAUGACAGCAUGAUAAUACCUCCAGUUGAACAGGCAUGGCAGAGUGUUCAAGUACCAUAUUGGCGGGAGAUGCCGCCAUGGAACCUGCCCGCUUAGCUAAGCGGUAUAGAAACGAUGAGAAAAAGAACAGAGUUUAUGGAGCUCGAUAAAAGUCGGCCAUGACAUGUUUCUUGCCCGCUCUCGUGAUCUCUAAUGUCGGAAAUGUUCCUUUCAGCAAAGCGAAUUGGCUUUAUAUAAUAUUAUAUUUGGCUCUGGGACAUCAAAGCCCGCUUGGCUAAGCGGUAUAGCGUGUCACUAGUACUUCUUUGACAUGACAAGGUGAUCAGUUCGACUCUGAUAGUGGGCAUUGUUUUUUACAUUUUUUUAGUUAUUUGCCGCGUUACUGGUACUUCUGACAUGACAAGGUGAUCAGUUCAACUGUAAUAGUAGGCAUCUCUUUUUACUGUUUCCGUGUCGCUAGUACAUCUUUAAUAUAACGAGGACUAGUUCAACUCUAA